AAGCUUUAUCCACCACCAAAGAAAGCGAUCAGAAAGACAAUCAACUACAUCCACGUUCACGAGCGGAGUCACAACCCCAAAUUCUUCUAUUGUCUUGGUGUCUCGCAAUACAAUUGCAAAGAUGGCCUCAAAGGGAGUCUCCGUCCUGAAGUUCGUAGGGGUCUGCUCGGUUGGUUUAUACACAGUAAGUCCCAACACCUCCCUCAAAUCCCUACUAUUCUCGGAUCCCUCAAGCAAAUUCCUCAUAAACAACAUGUAUUAAUCCAAUUUACCAUCAGGGCCUCUCCUACACCCUCAGCACUCUAACCCUCCCCACACUCCUCACCCUCCCCAACGCCAGCACAGCCAGCGGCGCAUUCACAUCCCUCAACACCCUCUCAACGCGCCACCUCAGCGCUCUAGCCGGCCUCUCAAGCACCUCCUUCAUCCUAGCCUACCUCCUCUCCCCCCGCAGCCAAAAGCACCCCUACCUCCUCUGGACCACCUUCUUGAUCAGCUGCUCGGGAGCCUCCUCAUACCUGCUCCCCUCGCCGGUCUCCAAACCCACAAAGCAACCCAAGAAGAGCAAGACGAGCGAGCGAACGACCAAGACCAAAGUCAUGGACGCCAGCUACGAAGUCGUCGGCGCCAGCGACCACAGCGGCUCCAGUGGGGAGGAAGUCUCGGACGAGGAAUCGGUGAAUGGGGAGGAGGUCCGGGGCCGAAUGGAGGGGUUCAUGACGAAGCAGAUUGCGCGAACGGUUGUUGCCGCCGUGGGAUUUGCGAUGAGUGUUGUGGGUGUUUGGGGUGAUGGGGUGGUUGAUACUGUUAUUAUUGAGAUGUGAUGAUGCCUGUGUGUUAAUAUGGGUGUGGAACAUAGCGAGUGCCUUGUGGGGAGCAGGUUAUGAGUAUGGAUGGAAGUAUUUUGCGGAUUGGCGAAGAGGUGCAAGGGAGCGACUGACGAAAACAAUAACUUUUAUGAUUUGAUGCAUGGUAUUAUGUCUGGUCUGGGA